AUGGCUCCCACCGUCCCGGAGAACGCGAAUGCCUCCUGCGUCGGGCCUCAAGCCGCCCAAGCCGGCAAAGCUGACGGCUGUGCAGGUUGCCCAAACCAAACCGCUUGUGCCUCUGGAGCUGCUCGUGUCCCGGACCCCGCGAUCUCCGACGUGAAGCAGCGAUUGGCCAAUGUCAAGCACAAGAUCCUGGUCUUAUCCGGUAAGGGCGGCGUGGGCAAGAGCACCGUGGCUUGUCAAUUGGCGUUUGCCUUGGCAAGUAAAGGGUUUCAAGUGGGACUCUUGGACGUGGACAUUACAGGACCCAGCGUGCCUCGGAUGCUCGGACUGGUGGGCCACGAAGUGCAUCAGAGCGCUGCCGGGUGGUCUCCUGUCUAUGUGGAGGACAAUCUGGGCGUCAUGUCCAUUGGGUUCAUGCUGCCCAAUGCCGACGACGCGAUUAUCUGGCGAGGCCCGAAGAAGAGCGGGAUCAUCAAGCAGUUUCUAGUGGAUGUGCAGUGGGGAGAGCUCGAUUACCUCAUUAUUGACACGCCACCAGGCACGUCGGACGAGCACAUUAGUAUCGUGCAGUACAUGAAGGAAGCGGAUUUAGACGGCGCGGUGGUGGUCACGACGCCGCAGGAGGUUGCACUCAGUGAUGUGCGCAAGGAGCUGAACUUUUGCCACAAGACCAAGAUCAAGGUGCUUGGUGUGGUGGAGAACAUGAGUGGCAUCCAGCGGCGGCUUGACGACGUCCAGUUUGUUGGAAAGGAUGGUAAUGAUGAGACGGAAGCUGUUAAAAGCUACUGCAAGAGAAGGCACCAGAACUGCUGCAGUAUUCGGUGCAGAUGGACGUGUUUUCUGCAUCAAACGGAGGUGGCGAGGCAAUGGCCAAGAUGUUCAAUGUGCCUUUUUUUCGGACGUCUGCCGCUAGACAACAAGCUCACAGAGGCGUGUGAAGAGGGUGUGUCGUUCUUGGAGGACUAUCCUCAUUCUGUUGCGGCCCCGGUCUUUGGCCAAAUUGUGCAAGGUAUCAUUGCGUCGGUGGAAAAGUAA